UAUUUGAGUAGAUGAACAUGUACGAUUGAUACUGUGAUAACGAAUUUUCUGAUAAGCCAAAUUAUCGACAGUACAGGUGUCACUGUCACAUUUGAUCCAUUUUUUUCCCGAUUUGAAACUGUCCGAGCCGCGUUUUUUAGGGACUUGGCGUUUUUUCACUAUGUUUUUUGACAUCAGCUAACUUCGUUCUUGUUGGGUGUGUACGAAACUGAAUCCGAAAUCGGAUUUUUAAUGGGCAUUUAUUAUUUACCCAUAAAAAAAGCUUUAAAUAGCCACACAACCACGCGAGUGAUGAUAAAAUAAAGGCAGCCCCAUUUUCGGGACCGUUUCGGAAUCGUUUUACGAUGGAAUCUUCACAAGUACGCGACUUUUCCGAGUUCUGCGAACAACUGCACGAAAUCCGAUUAAAAUUCCACAAAUGGGACAGUUGUGAAAGGACCGUAGCCUUAUAUUACUUGAUGGCCGGACUGCCCUUUGCAAAUGCCCGGUUUUUACAGCACGCGCUGGAGCAGUGCAUCACGGCGGCUAACACUCCGGAGGCUCAGGUAUUGGAGAGGAAUGCGAAUAAUUCAGUUUUCGUGGCGAGGUUGUUGAUGGAACACCCCCAAAAUGCUCUACCUUUACUUCUCACACACCUGCCAUUGCUCAGACCAGGUAACAAAGAAGCAGCAAAUUCGUACCUAGUGACAAUAAGACGUGUUUUGUCUGAGUUUAUUGCGCCACCGUGCAAAAUCUACAAUGAAUGUGUUGAAAUCAUGUCAUACGUUUUUAUACAUCCCGCUUUUGAUAAGGAAGACAAAAAGACGUUCAAACAUUUGUUAAAACAAGUUCUAAAUCGAGUUAGCCCCGAGAAUUUUAUACACUCACCAGUGAACGAAUCUAGCGAUGAAUCUACGAGUCCCAAUCCCGAAAACACGGACUUGAUUCGGUUAAAUCGACGGUCUAAUAGUCUAACGCCUGCUCAGACUAGCUCACACGAAAGCUUGAGCUUGUGCAAAGAUGUGUGGUCGUCACAGGAGAACCUCUCACAGCCGCCUCCCAAACCUAGGAGUUAUUCGUUAUCCAAUGAUAAAUCGUUAUUGUUAAAUAUAUCAAGUUUGCAAUCAAGUAGCUCAGAAACUAGACUACAAGAUCUACAAAUCUUAAGUAAUUUACCUGCAAUGAAAAGUAUUUUAUCUUGGUUGAAAUCUUUGAGACUGCAUAAAUAUAGUUGGGUAUUUCAUAAUCUCACAUAUAAACAAAUGUUGGAUUUAUCUGAAGACACGUUACAAGCGAUCGGUAUUACAAAAGGGGCCAGACAUAAGCUGCUACUGAGUCUUGCUAAGCUUAAGGAACGGAGUACAAUGUUGACUGAACUUGAGACUGAAGUUAUGAAUGGGGGUGAUCUAAAUUCUGCUUUAAAACAACUUAAGGGGGUUCUACAAACACCUGUACAAGUCACCUAUGGAGAAGAUUUGCCUUCACAAUUUAUUAAAGUAAUGGGGAAAAUUUGUACUCAGCUUUUAAUGUUGAGACAACCCUCAGAUGAAUGUUUAAUGCUUUUUGCCACACUGUGUGAAAGGUCUGACGCUUCAGAGGCUUUUACGGAAGAACAAAAAAGAAGACUAUCAAUGUGGAAAGAACAACUCUCUAAAGGAAAUCAUGUAUCCAUGUACCCUCAGAAGAUGCAUAAUAACAAUUCAAGGGCCGGUUGGCAGUGCAAAGUCCCGAUCUCAGCAUUCACGCAAGAAUCCCAUACACAAAAAAGUUCGUCAUACCCAAACGUCAAGAACAGCACAGCAGUUAAUCCUCACAGACAUUCAGUGGGCAGUGUGACACUGAGAAAGGAGUUGUACCCUGUAGGAAAGGGUGUGGAAAUGUUGAAAAAUCACGCGUCAGAAAAUUGUAAGAGCAAUAACGGAAGUCAGUUUCACGUGCGUUUUGAAGACACGGAAAUGAACGACAAAAAUAAAAAACAAAUUCUGAAAAACACAGAUAUCGAAAACAGUUUAGAAUCUCUAUGUUUGCAAAUGAUGGAACAUGCACUUGGGCCUUAAUAUAAUCGAUUUUGUUGUGUUUUUUUAUAAUUCGUACUGUCGGCCUAGAAUGUGUAAGUUUGACUAAUUUUUAGCUACCAAAACGUAUUUAUACUUUUUUAGCUUUGUGUGUUAGAAACGUAUAUUAACUGCUGGCAGAUAUACUAUUUAGAUUUUAUGUACUAUGAUUUUAUUAGUGUUUUAUUCGUUAUCAAAAUGUUUAUAUAUUAUUUUCCAAUUGUGAUUUUUUGUUAAGUAUGAAAUUAUUUGAUAUUUGAAAAGGUUCUCCUACUUUUAAGACUGCGUAUUUAAAAUUAUUUGCUUAAGUAAAACUUUUCCUAAUACUUUGGAUUAUUAAUAUUUGAUACAAACGAAAUU